AUGGCAGAUCAGCUGACACCAUGGGAACAUAUAAACCGCUUUUACCACACAAAGCGCAAGCCCAUCCAACUGUUGGUGGCCUAUCACGCCGAUGCGGCUGCGGCUUCUAUAACCCUAACGACACUGUUGAAGGCUUGUUUUGUCCCGUUCAACUUUCACCCUGUCAUGGAGUAUGAAGAGGUAAAAGGCGUGAUUCAGCGGACAAGUAUGGCCCAGGAUGCGGAAAUUUCAGAUGGCGGUGCACCGGUGGACGAGUUGUUUGUCCUUAUUGGUCUUGGCGCUCCCGUCUCAUUGCGAUCUUUUUUUGAUUUGAGGCGACACAUUGUCAUUGUGCUUGACUCCUACCGUCCCUUUCUUCUUGACAACCUUCGCGCAAGCGACAAUAAUCGGCUGGUGCUCUGGGGACAAGAACGCAUACAUGAAGAGGUGGAGCAAUUCUUUCGGGAGCAGAGAAAAAGAGAGCUGGCGCGAGCGCGUCGCCGACGACGACGACGGACACACAAAAACCAACGCCGUCUACGUGCAUACGGCGAACUUGCGAACGACGACGACGAGGAGGAGCGGGAGGAGGAAAGCGAAAUUAGCAGCGGCAGCAGUGAUGAUGGGGAUGAUGAUGAUGAAAAUCACGACGAUAUGACUCCCUCGCAGAGCCAAGAGGGGAUUGACUGGAUGAAUGAGGAGGUGCCGGAGAAUCUUGAGCAGCUCUAUUACGCCGCGGAGCGUGGAGGGAAAAGUUGUGCGCUAGAGGUCUACGACUUGGCCAUACUUUUGAACCGCGUCAAGGAGGCGGUGCUGUGGCAUGCGGCAGUAGGAGUCUGCGAUUUAUUUACGCGCCGCCUAAUCGAUUAUGGGACGUACCUGGUAGAGAUGCGACGGCUGCACAAUGAGGUAACGUUGCGAAAAGGCAUUCGUCGAGGGCCGCUCGAUGACGUCACGGAGGAGACGGUCAAUAGACACCACAAGAUUGCGUCUAGUAACACGAUGCAGCUUGUCAACCUAGAUGAGGAUCAGUUGUUUCUCUUGCGGCACUAUUCCUUGUGGGGGGCCAUGUGGUACCACCCGGUGGUUGCGAGCCUUUUGGGCCUUCAUCACGUGGAGGAUGGGACGGGGACACUGCGACAGCUGUUGGCGCGUUGUGGUGUCUCUGCGAAAUUGGCCCAGCAGCCAUGGGGCGAGAUUCCCGACGACGUUAGGGUGGAGUCACUUAGACUUGUGCACCAUGAACUCAAGCAGGCUUUGAAGACAAGGGGGAGCUUUGUCAAGUGGCCCACCCGUAUUUGGUGUGUGGCACGGACAACGGGGUACAGUGUGGAGGUUUCGACCUUUGAUGUUUGCACCCUCUUUACGGCAUUGCUUGCAAAAGUGCCACCAGGCGCUAUGAACACGGAAGAAACGAGUGAGGCAUCGAUGAAAGAAAAAUUAAGGGAGUUUCGUCGGGAACAGUUUUGGCGUGCACAUGACGUUAUUGAUGCGGACCCGAACUCCAAGUUAUUUGUGGCUGCUGUGCAAGAGGCUAAGAUGCUGCAAGAGUCCGUUGCAACGGCCACCAGCGCGCUAAUGCAGCCAGGUAUGAUCCAAAGCACCAAGGGCAUUCAUUAUACUCAGCCGAGUGAUCCUACAAAUGCCUCUACUGCGCUAGAGACAUUUGGCUGUCCUUUUCGUAUUGCCGUGUUGGCGGAGCACAUGCUUUUUGCAUUGACUGUUGAGAGAGGGCUUGGGAAAUACACACGCGAAGUAAGACCGGUUUUGCUCUCUUGUCCCGUGUCCCGCUUAAUUGGUUUGAACUCGCAACCGAAGCAAAAGGAAGAAAUGAUUCAAUCAGAGGAGGCGUUUAUUGUUUUAUUUGCCCACGAAGGGCCCACAAAGGAGGGUUUGUCGCCGGUUUUACCUGUUGCACGAUGGAACGAAUGUGUAACAAACACGGAGGACUUCCUCGUGCCUCCACUGCGGGAUUUCAUAAGGCGUGACACGGUGAUCGUAGAUGGGCGUGAGUCCACUGCGCACCUGGGGGAGAUGCUGCACCUUCGAUCCCUCACAGCUGCCCUCUAA